GACAACUGCAGCGACAUGCAGCUGACCGUGCCAUUGUCUGAAAUCUCUUGUUGACUUCUUACUCCCACGCCUGGGCGCAUUAUACAUCCUGUUUCGAGGAAGAGUCGAGUACAUAAGAGGGAGUGAUGACUGGGAUAGCAGACCUUCGAUCUCCUCCCCGUGCCCCAACUUACCUUUCGAACCUUCAACAUGACGUCCGAUAACCUUGAGAAGGAUCCUCCUUCACCAGAGACUGUCCGCGGCAUGGCCUCCGCGGAAGACUUGGGCAAGAUAUCGGAGAAGGAAUAUGGAAAUCCAGCAGAGAGUCGAUCGAUGCAUUCGGUCACUCGAUCUAUUGUUCAGUCGGAUCAAUCCACCAUUGGAGACGACCAUAGCGUCGAUAUUGAGGUUGCAGAUGAUGUAUUACAAAGAACAAUAACGCCCAAGAAGCCGCUCGUCAAAGUAUCUCGAUCAGCAAGGCGUGGACUCUUCUCGCGGUUUGCUCUGGUGGCCGAGGUGACUGAUCCAUAUGACUACAAGGAUUCCACAAAAUGGUUCAUCACUUUCGUCGUGGCAGUCGCUGCGGCUGCUGCUCCGAUUGGGAGUGCCAUUAUAUUGCCAACACUUGAGGAUGUGGCUCAUGAACUUCAUUCCACUCCGACGAUAACAAAUUUGGCCGUCGCCCUUUACAUGUUGAGUAUGGCGAUCUUCCCUCUUUGGUGGUCCGCCUUCUCAGAAGUUUCUGGUCGACGAUCUGUAUAUAUCGUUUCAUUUGCGCUUUUCAUUCUAUUUGCCGUACUGAGCGCUGUUUCGAAGUCCAUUGGUAUGCUUAUUGCCAUGCGUUUGCUCUCUGGUGGUGCCGCGGCCUCUGUUCAAGCAGUGGGAGCAGGAACGAUUGCCGAUGUUUGGGAAUCGAGAGAAAGAGGAAGGGCAAUGGGGAUCUUCUACCUCGGUCCACUCUGUGGUCCCCUCUUUGCACCCAUACUGGGUGGUGUGCUUGGGCAGCAUUGGGACUGGAGGGCCACUCAAUGGGCCACUGUCAUUUACGGAGUGUUAACGUGGCUGCUGGUAUUCUUCGCCCUGCCCGAAACCCUCGAAGCAACGAAAGACGUGGUUGCAGAUGCGGCCACGGACGCAGCAGCAUCAGGGAGUGGCAGCACCCGGCCUCCCUUGAGUCGAAGCUCGACCCGAGAAGUCGUACAACAAAACUCCAAAAAGUACCUGAAGGUGGCCAAGAUGAUGCUGGUUGAUCCCUUGAGGGUCAUCCUGUUCCUCCGCUUCAAGCCAGUUCUACUCACCGUUUACUAUUCAGCCAUCACCUUUGGCUCGCUAUAUGUUCUCAACAUUAGUGUCCAGUACACAUUCGAACGACAGCCGUACCACUUUCCUACCGUCAUUAUAGGGUUGCUGUAUAUUCCCAAUUCCAUUGGAUAUAUUUCUGCAAGCCUACUUGGGGGCAGGUGGAUGGAUUCGAUCAUGAAGCGAGAGGCGCUCAAGGCAAAACGGAUUGACGAACACGGCAAAUUGAUCUUUCGACCCGAAGAUCGUAUGCGAGAAAACGCGUGGCUCGGCGCCUUCAUCUACCCAGUCGCCCUGAUGUGGUAUGGGUGGUCGGCGGACAAGGGGGUAUUUUGGCUCUGUCCGAUGAUUGCCAACUUCUUCUACGGGGUGGGUUCGAUGCUCAUUUUUGCCAUGUCAACGACCAUGUUGACGGAAUUCAUGCCACGACGAUCUUCGUCAGGAGUGGCGCUGAACAAUUUCUGUCGAAACAUCUUGUCAUGUAUUGGCGCGUUUGUCGGGGCACCUUUGAUCGGAGCCAUUGGAAAUGGCUGGCUCUUUACAAUUCUAGGAAUAUGGACGCUUUCAGGUGCCAUGGUCAUUUGGGCGAUGAAAAAAUACGCGUCACAAUGGCGCGAAAAGAUGGACAAGGAGGAUGAUUGAUGGAUGUCUUUACGCAUUAUGAUAGAUGAUGGACAGCAAAAGAACAUGGUACCCUUUUUACCUCUUGGAAUCCUUGAGAUAUACCACUCUUGUACGCGUAGACUUCGAGGUCAACAAAGCUAGCAGAGGUCAUUCUCGGCAUGUACUCAUACUAUGGUUAGAC